UUAACUGUGUGUGUGUUAUUUGCAAUUUUUUUAAAUCGUGUUGUUAAGAAUAAAACCGAAGACAUGGACACACGGUAUAAUAAAGAUGAAGUGUGUGGAGCCACGAGCCAUAGAAGACCGAGGAUUUUUAGUUGCCAUGACAUUAUUCCUGCAAUUUAAUUUUCCAUUUUUUUAGUCCGCAGUUUACCGUCUUCAAUGUUCUUCAAGAACAUUGGGAAAAAAGAAUAAAAGAUGGCCGAUCUACUGAAGUACUCAUCAUCCUCGUUGUGUAAAGGCGUAAGAUUCUGACAAUUUUUAAGGUUAAAUUUGAACUUACUUGCACCUUGCACGAUCAAAAAGCUGUGAUUCUAAAAGACUGGGGAGGCCAGGCAACUGCCAGGAAUCUGAAUAUUCUGGUAGCAUUAUGAGCACCCGUUCCAGGAGUGUUGGAAAAAGUUUGCAACUAACAUUUAAACAGCAGGGUUCUAUGCGUGAUAGAUGUGUACACAAAUUCAAAGGCAGAGAUGAAAAUUUGAAACUAAAUAAGACUGAUGAAAUGGAGAAUAAUUUAGAAGAUCCUACUUCCAGAGUAUCUGAACCAAAAUGCAAGAGAGAAGGAAGAAAAAGAAGGGUGGACCUGAAGUGUUUCCAGCCAACAGACUGGUUGUCUUCAAUAAAGCCGUGUAAAUCACCUUUCUAUCCUCAAGUGGGAGAUGAAGUCAUGUACUUUAAACAAGGUCAUGAAAUGUAUGUAGCUGCUGUGCAACAAAAAAAUCUUUAUGAAAUCAACCCAGAUUUACUUCCUUGGACUAAACAGAUCAUUCGGCAACAAGAGUGGGUUAAAAUCAUUGGUAUAGAGUUUGAGAUCAAACCACCGAGACUUGUAUGCUUGAAACUCGGAAUAAUCGAUCCGGUCAGUGGAUUAUUAACGCGAAAAUGUUUUUCUAUCGAAUAUCAUGAUAUGGACGACAUUCCGGAUUUCUUGGUGUUAAAACAGGAUUAUGAUAAGGCCGUUAAGCGCCCCUGGAAGCGUUUGCAACAAUUCCGAAGUCUCAUGAAUGAUGAUUGCGGAGUUCAAAUGUGGUGGGAAGGACAAUUCAUAAAAAGUGAACCAUUGGACGCUAAGUUUCCUGAGUCCAUGUUCUUGUGCUACUGCGUCAGGUGGGAUAAUGGUGAUCGUGAACCUCUUAGCCCAUGGGAAUUGGAAAAUAUUGAUCCAGGUAGAAGACCUUGUAGGACUGGUGCCAGUGUUAAUUUACUGCCGAUUGAGAUUUGUAGCUCGUUGUACACACCACAAACCUGUGAUUGGCCCCCCCUAGGUGAUCGAGAUUUCGAAUGUGAUCGAAUAUCCAAAGGAAUUAGCCAAGUCAUGAGUCUUUAUGAGGCUAAACAUUUUUGUGCACCCGUCAACCUUGAAUUGUUCCCUGCCUACGCUUUUACCGUCAAAUACCCAAUGGAUCUUUCGACUAUCAAAGCUAGACUUGAACAUCGCUUUUAUCGUCGCGCAGCUGCAGUCGAGUACGAUGUUCUUCGUAUACGCACCAACGCGCUCAUAUUCAACGAUCCCGAAAAAUCUGAUAUUGUUAUUAACUCUUCCAUCAUCUCUGACUUAUGCCUGGAAAUUAUCCGAAACAGUGACCUUGAUAUCUCAACAUUUUAUCGUGAACUCCUGGAAAAGUACAAAGUUCAUGGAAUUAAAGUAAAGGGGUCAGUGGUAAAGCUUCCCGUUGCAAAACAUCAAAUCGAACAUUCGACUUCUUUCGCUCUUACUUUCACCAACGUUGUUACUGGUUCGAGCCGUUCAUCGACAUCAAAACAGAAAUUAGUAAUCAAUCCUACCCAGGGAUCUUCUUCAUUUGUGUCAUCAAACCAUGCUUCUGUCAAGCUCUCCUCAUCUUUAACCGUUGAACCUAUUGUUGAUAAUUUGACCACGGAUAACAGCCUUAGCUUGACUCACCAGAACAGCCGCAACUCUGAGACUGCCAACACAAGCAGAAUGAUAAAGAAAGUUACCAGUCCGAUUGGCGUAGAAGUUGAGCAGUCGUUUAAACGAAGGAAAACAACAUCGUUAAUCGCUCCGACAGCCAUUUCCAGCGACGAGCAAUUUUCAGGCACAACUAUUCAAGAGUGCGAUACUUCUUUGUCUACUUAUGUCAACCAAAAUGCACCAGUGACCACGAAGAAUAUUUUGAAAAGGAAGAGUGUGACGAAAGAAAAUCUUGAUCCUACAUGUACUACGGUAUCUUCAUUGCCUAGGGUGGGCAGUGAUGGAACUCUGGCAGUCAAUACUACAGAGCAUGUCAAUUCCCACGACUGCUCAAGUAUGGGAAUUUGCGAAGAAAGCAGCGUCCUCUCCCAAAAUGAGAUUUUUUCUCCAAUGAACAAUCAUCUGAACUUCACAAGAAUUCUACCAGCAGAAAAGAAUCCACGCUUGUUCAUUCCUAACAAAACGCCUGUUAGUGUUCCAAUUACUCCUUUUCCCACUCCUAUUCCUAUCGCCAUUUCCACACCUGUGCAAGUUUGUCCAGAGACAUCAUCAUUGUCUACAAACAUUUUACUGAAAAAAGCGGAUAAAUAUGCGUCGAAGAGCUUGUUAUCUAAAAAUCUAUUUGGUUCUGAGAAAAGGAUCAAUUCCAGAAAAUUGAAAUCGGGUGGAUGGAGUGUUUCAUUACACGACUUCCCCUCCAAAAAAGCUUGCACCCUAGUAGAAGAUAAAUCACCACAAUCGUGUCUACCACAACAAGUUUUGUUGUUUGAAAGAGAUGAAAUGGAGUCGUGUUUUUCUUCGAACACUUUACAUCAAUGUCCCGAAGCCAAAACGAUAUCUGCGCCUUCAGUUACUCAAGAAAUCUCGACACCUGAUGCCAAAGCGAUGAUUGACUCAUAUCCUACCGUUUCGGCGUUUUUAAAUUUAGACACUAAAUCGAAACAGAGAGAAGAUCAUACUCAAGUAGAAGAUCCCCGUGCUUCAUUUGCCAUUCCAUCGAUUCAAAGUCCACCGACGUUCCCAUCCACAGACGAACUUAUUGAAAAAAUCCUUGCUGACGCUAAACGCCCUAUUCUGAAGGAGAAAGCUAGCAAGAAGUCAGAAAAGAAAAAAAAGGUAAAAUCAAAAUCGUCUGUCAUUCCACGUUUGUCGAAGACAAACAAUGAUUGCCUAGAACCCUUGCAAGCAAAAUCGAAGCACAAGAAAAUUCAUGCCAGAGUUGAAUAUCUCCCCGCUUUAAAUGCCAUUCCUGUCAACACUAAAUCGAAACAGAGAGAAGAUCAUACUCAAGCAGAAGAUCCCCGUCCUUCAUUUGCCAUUCCAUCGAUUCAAAGUCCACCAACGUUCCCAUCCACAGACGAACUUAUUGAAAAAAUCCUUGCUAAAGCUAAACGCCCUAUUCUGAAGGAGAAAGCUAGCAAGAAGUCAGAAAAGAAAAAAAAGGUAAAAUCAAAAUCGUCUAUCAUUCCACGUUUGUCGAAGACAAACAAUGAUUGCCUAGAACCCUUGCAAGCAAAAUCGAAACACAAGAAAAUUCAUGCCAGAGUUGAAUAUCUCCCCGCUUUAAAUGCCAUUCCUGUCGAGGAAAACCAAAACCAAUCUGUACAAAAUGAGGUUACGCUCACGCCUACGAAUUUUGUCGACGGUGAUUCAUAUGAAAAGGGUAGAACCACUUCUACUCCAAAGGAGUUGCCCGCGCUGGAAUGUCAAGUCGUUGUCUCUACAAACAAAACUAUCUCCAAAGAAAAGAAGCACAGAUCCUCUGAAGCAACUUGUCACAACCAACAGUCUGUAUUUUCUGAAGAAAGCGAACUUACUUCAUCUGAAUCCGUUGAUGCACUUAUCGAAAAGAUUCUUGCUGAAUCCAAGCGCGGUAUUCUGAAGCAAAAGACUAGCAGGAACAAAUCGGAAAAGAAGAAAGAAAGUAAAGUACGUGCCAUGCCCAUUUCGCGUUUGUUGAUGUUAGACAAAGAUUGCAAAGAACCUCCAAAAAGAAAAUCGAAGCACGGAAGAAAUUGUACCCGAGUUACCGAUCAUUCUGCGUUCAAUGAAGAAGGCGGAUCAAUUUUUAUUCAAUCCGAUGAUGCAAUUAUUCAAGAAAUUCUUGCUGAAGCCAAAAGUUCCGUUCUGAAGAAGAAGACCAGCAAGAGAAGGACGUCAGACAUUUCGCGUUCGUCGAGCAAGGAUUGCCACCAAAAUGGGAGUAAAUAUCUCGGCUUUUAAGAGAACCAUCUAAAUUGUUAGAAGAACACAUCCAAUACAGAACAGCAAAUAACAUCUCAGCGAAUAAGGGUCACCUACAAAUUCAUCACUCUUAAGUCUGAGGGAUGUUCUCAGCAUCAACCAAGAAGCCUACAUCACUUUGAAGAAAGAGAAAACAAACAAUUUGAAACGUAGAAAGUUGAUGCUUCCAUAUCCUCAGUAAUCCAGAAAAAUAAAUGUCGAUGAAGUACUCCCGGUUGCAGGAGUGCGAAACUCACACUAUAGCCUACGUCAGAUAAUAUUUUGAAAAAUUGUAUCCAUUUAAGGUUUUCUAUUUAAAUUAAACACAUUGCCUAAUUUUGUUCUUAUGAAAUUUGUAUUAAACAAGAUGAUUAUCACAUACACUCUUGGAAACAAA